GGAACGUGACUGUUUUCUCAAAACCUCGGAAAUGGGAAAGGGAACGAAAAAUCAUAAGAAGAGAAGGUCAAAACUUGUAAAAAGUGAUUAUCAUCAGUCUGCAGCAGACCCUGAUAAAUCUCAAUCUGAAAUAGUUCAUUGUGUUUGUGGGACUGGGUGUGUAGAUUGUUAUGGGAAAAUUAACUGUGGAUGUCCAGACUGUGUAACUCCGGUUAAGGUUUGUAUAAAGCUCCCAACCCUGAAAUGGGCAAAUGUUCUGACUAUUGAAGAUCUAGCUGAGUAUAUAGAAGACUUGUUUAUCAACAGGGGGACAUAUAUACAAGUCCCCAUUCUUAUAUGUCAGGACACUUCUGACAGAGCUAUUGUGGAUGUUGUACAGACAAAAAUAGAUGAUUUAUUACGCCCUGCUGUUCUAAUAAGAAGAAAUCCUCGCCCUAUUUCAAUUGUAGAACCUGUAGUGAAUGCAAGAAGAAACAGAUUAAGUUUGCCCGUAUUGUCUGACUUCUAUUUACCAAAAACUAAAGAAAUCACUUCGCCUUCCAAACCCCCGUUUACUGCUAGAAACUGUAAACCAAUAAAACAGACAAAAUUUUACUGUAAGCAGUGCAAAACUGAUAUUUGCAACGCAUGCUUUACAAGUUUUUGCGCAGGACACAACGUUCAGUGGAUUGGACAAGCAACAUUUCUCUGCCAAGCCCGUCUUCAUACUUUUUAAUCAUUCCGCAUUCCAUAAUUGUUCUUCGAUUACGUCUUUGAUAUUUUAGUUUUUAGUUUUUUUAUAUUAUUAUAGUUUAAGAAAACAUAAGAUUUAAGUUUAGAUAGCGACCAAAUUUGUGGCGAUCCCGCGGCAUUAUCCCAAAAAAAAUAAAGCUGAACUCCAUGAGUUUUACUUGAUCUGCCGCCAUUUUUCUUUUCCGUUUCCCGCCAUUUCUGUUGAAAUAUAUAA